AUGCCUGGACCCUUACCUCAGGAUGAGCUGGACGAGAUCUACGCCUUCGCGAUAGACCUUGGUCGCAAGGCCGGGAAAAUGCUCAUGGAGCGUGUUGACCAGCGCAUCUCGGGCGAAGAAAGCACCAACAACUUUGAAGAGAAGGAAAAUGCGGUAGAUAUCGUGACGCAGACCGACGAAGACGUCGAAGUAUUUAUUCGGAGUUCCCUAGAAGCCCGAUACCCAACUCACAAAUUCCUCGGCGAGGAGACAUACGCUAAAGGCGACUCGCGCGACUAUCUAAUCGACGAGAAACCAACAUGGUGUAUCGACCCAUUAGAUGGGACCGUAAACUACACGCACAUAUUCCCCAUGUUCUGUGUCUCAAUCGGCUUCAUCGUGGAGCACAAGCCGGUAAUUGGUGUGAUCUACGCCCCAUUCACAGACCAGCUAUGGUCAUCCUGCACCGGGCGCGGCGCCUGGCUAAAUGAGACACGCCGCCUGCCGCUCCUGCACAACCCCAUCCCGCCGAUGCCGCCCAAUGCGCCUGCGCAGUGCGUUUUCUCCUGCGAAUGGGGCAAGGAUCGGCGCGAUAUCCCUGACGGUAAUAUGCACCGCAAGAUCGAGAGCUUUGUCAAUAUGGCGGCGGAGCUGGGCAGUCGGUCUGGGAGGGGCGGGAUGGUGCACGGCAUGCGUAGCUUGGGCAGUGCGACGCUGGAUCUGGCGUAUGUUGCUAUGGGGUCUUUUGACAUUUGGUGGGAGGGGGGUUGUUGGGAGUGGGAUAUUGCUGCUGGUGUGGCAAUUCUUUUGGAGGCUGGUGGGCUUAUGACCACUGCUAAUCCGCCGGAGAAUGAGGCUACGGCACCGAUUGAAGAUGUUCGACUCGGUAGUCGGUUGUAUUUGGCUAUCAGACCGGCUGGCCCGUCCGCUACUGAGACGGGUCGCGAAACGCAAGAGCGCACAGUACGUGAAGUCUGGCGCCGUGUUCGUAACUUGGACUAUUCGCGGCCUGGUGCCUAG